GGGUAGGUCAGCUUCACUAAGGACGCCAUGUGUCUUCUCUGAAGCGGAGUCUCUUGACAGAACACAACUCAGAACUCUGCUUCUUGUCGCUGACUUUGGCUUCUCGUCUCACACUUUAGGACUCAAGCCAGCAUGUUCUGCAUCCGAAGAGCGCUGCGGGCCGCGGCUCACAUCCACCGGACACUUCUUCACCAACACACGUGUGCGCUUCCACUCCUCAAAACCAACAGCACCCUCGCCGCGCCUUCCUUCGACGGCUCUCCCAAAGACUACUCCCCCAAAAUCCAGCAGCUGGUAAACGACAUUGCCAACCUCACCUUGUUAGAAGUUUCGGACCUGAAUGAGCUUCUCAAGAAAACAUUGAAUAUUAAGGAUGUGGGGAUGAUGCCAAUGGGAGCAAUGGCUGCUCCUGGAGCUCAGGCCGUAGAAGAGGAAGAAGCACCCGUCAAGAAGGAGCAGACUCACUUCACUGUCAAGCUCACUGAACUCAACACCGCUGAAAAAGUCAAGCUCAUAAAGGAGGUGAAGAACUGCAUCCAAGGCUUGAAUCUGGUGCAGGCCAAGAAACUAGUGGAGUCUCUUCCCCAGGAGAUCCGUGCCAAUGUUCCUAAAGACGAGGCAGAGAAGCUGAAGGCAGCGUUGCAGGCAGCAGGUGGCACUGUGGUCUUGGAGUAGAUGCCCUCACGUUAGUCACGCACCUGCUCCAAUUUUUUUGUAUUUUACGUGACAAGGAAGACUAAAUCAAGGCGGUCUUUCCACACCCGUCGCCGGGGGCGGAACAAGGGAGACUGAACUUUUGACCAAUAACCUCCAAGCCGCCCCCCGUCGAGUCUGAAGUCAUGUUGGAAAAGCAGCUUUGAUUGAGGGAAUGGCAGAGCUGUUGUUUGUUGGAAAUGUCAAUUAAAAAAGAUGAGAUAUCA